AUGAGAAGUAAACAUGUCAAGAGAAUGUCUACCCUAAAAGUUCUAAAAUUUCCUCCGGUUGGAAUUGCUCUCAUUCACACCAUAUCUGACCUACCACUCACCAGUCUCCUGCACAAGAGCGCCAGUCAAGAACUUCAGGAUACUCUCCAUCUUAGGAGUAUGACGGAAGCAAAAGCCCCUACUGAGUUCGAGGUAUACAACUCACAAGUGUCGAUUCUCACGCUUCCGACGUUUACGCGGCUGCAAUUGGCACAGUACAACGGCAGGACCAAAAAUCAGCUCUACGUGGCCAUACGUGGAUAUGUGUACGAUGUCACCAGCAACGAAAAGAACUAUGGCGUGGGCAAGACAUACCACCUGCUCGUGGGCAAGGAUGUGAGCAGGCUCUUGGGAAUCAACAAGCUCAAGUUGCAAGAAGACAAUUCUUCGCUCUCAUCUUCGACAAUGGCAAACACCUGGUACACAGGAGACUUGACAGAGAAGCAAAAUGAAAAAGUGGACAAGUGGGCCGAGUUUUUCCGCAAAAGAUACCGCAUAGUCGGUGUUGUGAUUGACCACAGGGGAACAGCACCUACAGAAUGA